CCCAACUACGUACAAAUCAUCUACCACUAACUCAAGCACACAACAUGUCCCGUCGCACCACCAUUCCCGAGCAGCCGCCCCGACCGUCCUCACUAGGGAGCUGCAUCAUCUACGGUUGCGGAGCCGGUCUGCUUGGCGUCGCUGCAAUGACUGUCGGCGAAAAGAUCGAGCAAUACUUCACCGGCCGACCGAAUUCAUAUGUUCCGGGUCACACUCUGGAGCGCCUUCUCCGACUCCCGGUUCGCCCCGAUUCCGAGCGUUUCGGGUUGAACAUGGCGAUGCACUAUGGACAGGGGGCGGCUGCGGGAAUAAUUAGAGCAUUUAUGAGCGCAUACGGUGUUCGUGGGCCUUUCUCGGAUUUCAUGUUUGUUGCUAUACGGCUUAUGAUCGAUCAAACACUGGAGAAUGUUACGGGUAUUGGGGCGCUUCCAUGGACCUGGCCUGUUAAUGAGCAGGUUAUCGAUAUUCUCCAUAAGGGAGUGUUUGCGUUUGUGACGGGAUACUUCACGGAUAGGUGGCUACAAGGGUGAUAAUGUAUGCAGGCCCGAUGAUUGGCGUGGAAUUGGUGGAUUUAAGACAACAGUCAGGAUAGGCGCAGACGAUAAGGCGACGGUUGAUUUCAUUGAGCCCCUAUGAUCAAGCCGUGAAGACCAGAUUGCGCUCGAAAGGAAAAAAUGGAAUCGAAGCCGACGACCGGAACAUAUCUCCCCAGGGCACGGAAUAUGUCGUUCAUGUCUCGCCACUGGGAUUUUGGAAAUCGAGGCAUUGAGAACCUUUCAAAUCACCUUCGGCUUCGGGGGACUAUUCGCCUAUCAACUUUGCCGCAUGAGGUGGGCGAAAGGGACGUGUCGUGAUCUCCGGUUUCCGUAGCUGCGCUCGUCGUAUGGGCUGUCAGUGCUUUUGAUGCUAACGAAAGUAGUCGCUUCGAAAGGAUACAAUACUUAAAAAAGCCCAAAAGUAAUUUCUAGUGCUC